GACGUCAGGGCGUCACUGGACUGUCCAGAGCGGCUAGCACAAAAGUCACAACAGCCUUUUGAUCAAGUUCACCUUUGUUUCUCCGAUUUGAGAAGGCAUGGAGGAAUAGCUGAAACUAUUGAUGGUAGUCUUUUCAUCACUUUAGACUGGACCAUCGUGGCAUUUAAACUUAAUUUGUCUGGGCUUGAACAGAUCGUGUGGCUAAUGCAAGCUAAUUUCCGCUGCGGAUUGACUGACUGGGGUUGAGCGGCAUAUGCUAUCGCUGCAUACAGGACAUCAACAUGGUCACAGCAUGUUAGUAGGGCUUUGGGAGUGGGAGUGUACUGAUGUGAAGCAGACGGUAUCGUAACACUUGAUCACGGAGCUGUCUGGAUGGGGAGACACGCUUGUUUCACGUAGCAAAGACAAAAAGUGGGAACCGCGUUAGCAAAACAAGAGCUAGGGAGUCAGCUGACAGUACAGCCCAGCCAACAACAGCCCAGUGAUGGAUCAACUGAAAGUAAAGGACCGCAUACUGGAAAACAUCUCAAUGUCUGUCAAAAAGUUGCAGAGUUACUUUGCUGCCUGUGAAGAUGAGACUCCUGCCAUCCGGAAUCAUGACCGCGUCCUCCAGAGGCUGUGUGAGCACAUUGACCACGCUCUCCUCUACGGCCUCCAGGACAUCUCCUCGGGCUACUGGGUCCUUGUUCUUCACUUCACCCGAAGAGAGGCCGUCCGGCAGAUAGAGGAGCUCCAGCACAUCGCCACCAACCUUGGCAGAAGUCGUGCAUGGCUGUACUUGGCAUUGAGUGAAAGCUCUCUAGAAAGCUACCUGCGCCUCUUCCAGGAGAACCAGGCUUUACUACACAAGUAUUAUUUCAAGAACGCCCUGGUGUGCAGUCAUGACCACCUGGCCCUGUUCCUCACUCUGGUGUCUGGUCUGGAGUUUAUCCGCUUCGACCUGGAGCUGGAUGUCCCAUACCUGGAUGUGGCUCCGUACAUGCCUGAGUACUACAAACCACAUAACCUGCUGGACUUCGAGGAGAGACUACCCAGCUCGGACAGCAUAUCUUUGCACUCCUUCACCUCACUGAAUUCUACUAACUUAGAGUGGGACGACAGCGCCAUCGCCCCCUCCAGUGAAGAUUAUGAUUUUGCUGACAUCUUCCCCGUGUUGCAGUCAUUGCCAAGUGCAGACUGGGAAGAAGGUGAUCUGACAGACCAGGCCAGCUGCCCUCACUCUGGAGGAUCGGACCCUCAGACGGUUAUCAGUGACACUGUGGUGGUCUCCUCAUGUGCAGUCAAGUCCGCGACAUACCUGUCCCCUCAUAGCCCCACGUCUAGACAAAACCCUUUCAAUGAAGACUCUGAUACCACCACCAACACCUCAGUGGACGUCACCCCUGUGCAUGUGGCCAGCCUUCACAACAGCACAGCCCACGAAGAUGACACCGAUGUCAAUACUAAUGAGCUGGAGGUCAUCAGGAUGGCCAGAAGAAGAAAACCAGCCAGAAAGCGUAGAGGGAAGGGCUCUACAGAUUCCAGCAGCAGCAUUCAUAACUCUGUGUCAUCUGAGAACAUGGAGCUGGGCCUCCAGGACAGCACCGACUGUACCAUGGACAGUGAGGGAGAGAGGAGGAGCAGAGCAGGAACUGAGGUCCUGGAGGAGGAGGAGCUACUGCGAUUGCCAAAGAUGGCCGACACCUCUAUGGACAGCGUGGGACAACCUCUGCGUGAUGUUAUGGACCGGCUCAAUGGGGCUCUGGAUCAGGAUGAGAGCUGGGAGCACUUGGAGGAGGAGCAGCCUGACUGUGGGCGUGCAGUAGAGCCCACAUCGCAGCAGCCCUUUCUGGAGGAUUCAGCGGGCAAGCCCCCUGACCCAGCACCCGGAGAUCCUCCCACAAGCCCUCUCACCAGCCCCUACCUCCAGACUUUCACUGAGCCUUCAGAGGAGAGCUUCUCUGCCCCCCACAGUCCAGAGCCUGCUGCCAGCUAUAGUGGCAGCAAUGACACUGCAGAGCAAAGCCAGUCACAGACUGUUCCAGGUGGCCAUGAGGAUGAAGGAGAGGCAGAAAGGGGAGAGGGACCGGAGCUCAAGUUGAACCAGGAGACAAAUGGUGAACAAAGAGAUGGACGGGCAGAGCAGCAGCUGAGCCCCUCUGAGGUGACCCAUCCAGCCGAGUUUAAAGUGGACAACAACCACUUGCUUUUACUGAUGAUCCAUGUGUUUAGAGAAAAUGAAGAGCAACUGUUUAAGAUGGUGAGAAUGAGCACUGGCCACAUGGAGGGAGACCUGCAGCCCCUGUUCUUGCUACUCACUGACUGUUACAUUUACCUGCUCCGAAAGGGUGCAGCAGAGAAGCCAUACACAGUUGAAGAUGCGGUUUCAUACAAUGAGCUAGAUUAUAUUUCUGUGGGUCAGGACCAACAAACAAUUACUUUGGUUUGCACAAACAGAAGAAGAAAGUUUCUCUUGGACACAGCUGAUGCCUCCCUCACUAUCUGGCUGUUAUCAGUCCUUAAGUCGUCCAUGGUGAAAGGAUGCCGAGAGCCUCCGUACCCUACAGUGCUAACCGACGCCACAAUGGAAAAACUGGCUCUGACAAAGUUUGUGGCCCAGGAGUCUCACUGUGAGGUGGCAGAGGUAUGCAUCCACCUGUACUCUCUGGUCCACUGGGAAGACCCUUUGGAUACCUGCCUGUCCCCUGUCCAGUCCCCCAGCUCCAGAGGCUCCACCAGCAUAAAGGAGGGCACAGUGCAGUACAAGGCUGGCACUACCUACUUGGGCAAAGAACUGUGGAAGAGCUGCUAUCUAGUUCUUAGCAAUGGGAUUCUACAUCUGUACUCUGAGCAAAAUGACUUGACCCCUAUACAGUCUGUUACCAUGGGAGGAGAGCACUGUGGAGGCUGCCGGCGGUCUAACAGCAGCGAGCGGCCUCAUGCCUUUCAGGUCAUCCUUACAGAGCGUCCUCCGCUGGAGCUCAGUGCCAGUAAUGAGCAGGACAUGGCUGAGUGGAUGCAACUGCUUUGUCAAUCUGUGUCCAAAGGGGUAAUUCCUCAGGGAGUUGCCCCCACUCCCUGUAUCCCCUGCUGCUUGGUGCUCACAGACAUGAAGCUGCUGACCUGUCAUCAGGACUGUCAGACCAGCUUCUUCCGCUCAUUGGGCAGUGCUGAGCUCUGUGAUGUCACUGCGGUCAGCCUGGAGGCCAACAAGGAGUACUGCAUUAUUGAAUUUGCUGCAGAUCGGAGCCAGUUUCUCCCAUCCUGGGUCUUGUACUUCAGUGGUUGUGAGGAAAGAGAUCGUCUGCUUCAUACUCUCAACAAGGCAUGGAAAGACAUUUACCAGGUGGACCUUCCCCAGACAGUCAUAUCGGACCAGUCAGUUCAGAAACGCUGUGGGGAGGCCCUGGCCCUGAUGAAGAGUGCAUGGCAGAGAGCAGACAGCCUGGCCCGGGGAAGAGCUCAGAGAGAACCCUGGUGCUGACGUGCUCCUCUGAUCACUCCUCAAAUAAGGAGUGCGCAUUCAACAGUACUUAAAGUGGAAAAGGAAGUCACAAACAGGAUGUGUACUGCAAGUGAAGGAGAGUCUAUGUUGAGAAAUGUUUGACAAGAACAAUAUGAAAGCCACUAACUUGAGAGUAUAUGAACUGACUACAGGUAAUGUACAGAAGGUGACAAUGAAGACCUCCAUGAAACUGAAAUUAUGACAAUCUGAACAAUUUUACAUCCAUAUUCUGAAGCCAACAUUAAACAGACAUGAUUGUUUUAAGUAAAGAGGACUAAAUACCUGUAUGUUUUGUGCUCACAUAAUGUGUCAAAGUGCUGCUAUAUGUCACCAACGCAACUUCUCCUCACCUUGUGCUCAGAAUGCAUAAAUGUACAAUGAUCAAGUCUUUGUUCUUAUGGACUGAGUUGUGGUAUGGACACUGUGGAUUAGUAUACAGAAAAUGUUGACGUUUUUGUUUGUACAGAAGAGAAGAGUUUUAUAGGCAUUGAGUAAAAUGCUUAUACUGUAUGAAGGAUUUAAGAUUGCACUGCUUCAUGGAAUUGUUACCCCCAUGUGUUGCUCUACUUGGCAGUACUCGGCAGAAAAUGGAACUUGCCUUCUCUACAUACUGCACAAACAGUUGGUGCCGUCCAUGUACAGUUGCACACUUCUGUCACUACAGUUUUUUCUUGUAUAAUUUUUUUUUUUUUUAGGUACCUUUGUGUGAAGAUUUUGUUUUUUCGAUGGGGUGGAAAGAUAUUUAUCUAAUUUUAUUUCAGACUAAAUUAUGUAACUCAUUAAUUUUGAUCUGGCACAAUUUUUUUAAGUAGUAAUUUUAAAUGUUUGUUAUAGAUACCAUGGCAACUUGUGUUACUUUAGAGGCAUGAAAGACCAAACAACUAACAUGUGUUAUGAGUUAUGACAGAUGGAUCCUUAUUGCUACAGUCACAGCGUGCUCUAUUGCCAAUACUUGCCUUUUUGAAUGAUCACUUUAUACGCAGAAACACUUUUAACAACCAAUGCUUGGGAAUGGGAUAUUCACAUUUCUUAAACGUAUGCUGCGGUGAAAAGGUACAGGAUGAUGAAGAUAUGUCUCAGCCUUGCACAAGACAAUUGUGUCCAAUUGUAAAUGUCAUUCUAUGUUUUUGUCUCACAUUUGUGUUGCAGUUCACUGGUAAUCUCAGGUUCCUCUCAAUACCCGAACCAUUCUCUAGUAAAUUCUGCACCACUAUGCCAUUAAGUUGCUAAACAAAAAAAAGCUUUAUAUAAUUAGUUCUAGAAUAGGAUUAACUAUGAAAAUACUUGAAAGUAAAAAAGUAUUCAGCAAGCCUGUGGCCUAAAGUGUUCUUAUAAAAUAGAAAUACAAAUUUGUUACAAUUAUGACAUUGCUGGCCAAUGGUGGAGGACAUCUUCUUGAACUAACUUGAUGCUGUUUAGGUAAUGAUGUACUGUUUGCAUGUGUGAAAUGUAUGCUUUUACUGAACUGUAUAGAGCACUAAUCACCUAAACAUAUUCAUUAAAACAUGAGUCCAAAAGGCUGGACUGGAUUGUAUAAUAUUGUAUUUAGAAAACCUGAUGGACAUAAAAGUUAAUAAAAACUCUUACUGCUAUGCU